GCGUCGAUCCGCCUCUCGUUGCUCCGCCCCGGGGUCCGCUCGACGCCAUGUGGGUGGAGGCUCACCGGCUGUUGGGUCUCCCCGCGGGGCUUCGGGCGCUGCUCGGCGGGAGCCACGCGGGGUUCCUUCCCGGCGGCGCCCGAGGCCUGCAUGGCUCGCCCGUCCGCUGCGGCAAGAACCUGCUCAAGAAAUUUGCCUCGAAAACCAAGAAGAAGUUUUGGUACGAAGGGCCAUCCCUGGGCUCUCACCUGACUCCCAAGCCGUCCCAGCUGGAGUUCCUAACGAAGAGCACUUCGAAGAAAGCCAGGAAGGAAGACCACGUGCGCCUGAGGGCCCUGAACGGCCUGCUGCACAAAGCGCUCCGCGACUUGCUCUGCACCCCUGAAGUGAGCCAGGAGGUCUGCGACCUGCACGUGGAGCUGUCCAAGGUGUCUCUGACCUCAGACUUCUCUGCCUGCCGCGUGUACUGGAGGACGACGUCGUCGGCGGAGCGGACCGCGCACGCCCAGGCCACGCUGCAGAGGCACGCCGCACACAUGAGGCAUCUCCUGAUGUCCCAGCAGACGCUGAGGAACGUGCCGCCGGUCGUGUUUGUUCAGGACAAGGAGCACGCCGCUCUGGCCGAGGUGGACCGGCUGCUGGCGGUCGCCGACUUUGGCCCCACAGAUGAAAACGAAGACUUUGGGCACAGCGACCUCAGGGACCUGGACGCCCCAGAGGUCUCUUCACCACGUGACGCCCCGGGGCCCACCUUGUGCUCCAGCCUGUGCGGGAUCGACCACGAGGCGCUCCACCAGCAGAUCAUGGCGUACAAGAGGAGGAGGGAGAAGGGGCGUGCGGGCGGGAGCCCCGAGGGCCCGGGGCCAGAGCUGGCGGCGGAGCUGAGGCGGCAAAUGGAGAGGAGGAAGAAGGCCGGGCCUCGCGUGGACGAUGAGCUCUCCCCCAGGCCCCCCCCCGGGGGAGCUGGCGAGUGAGGGCGGCCUGGGAGAUGGCAGGGCCCGUGCAGGGGAGCGUGCCCUGGGCAGCGAAUGG